AUGCAAGCAACCCAAGAUGAUGAACAGGGAGAUGAUAACUGCCAAGUUCUUCGAGUCUUGGCUCUUCACGGCAGUGGAGGCAGUGCCGAUGAAUUCACCAGUCGAUUGGAGAAUUAUCGACUAGCCUUGAAAGAAGACUACCACACAGAGCUCCAAGUCGUUGCCAUGGACGCUCCAUUUCCCAAAGAGGGGGGAUACUCGUGGUGGACCAUGCCACCAGGAGAGCGAUCUUUUAAUGCUAUGGAGUAUCUUGGAUUUGACAAAAGUGCCGAACUGGUAUCAUCCGCAAUAUUUCAAGAGCAACCGGCAACGUUUGACAUCAUCUAUGCUCACUCCCAAGGAGCCAUACUCACCGCAGCAUUGCUCGCACUACAACGAUUUCCAGAACAUCCUACACGAGGAUAUAUAUUGAAUGGAGUGGCAUGGCCCAAUCCAUACUCAGAGCAGCUGGAAUCUGUUUCAUUUGUCAAUGAUCAAACCAACAACGAAACGAAACCCAGAAUACUCAUUUGCACAGGAGAAAAUGAUAGAAUCAACCCACCAGAUACCCAACAAAGAGUCAAGGUGGCACUGGAACAAGCGGGGGCUAGAGUAGAGCAGAUUUCACAUCCCGGUGGGCACAGCAUUCCAGUACAAAGAGACGAAACACUUGACAAACUUCUUGGUUGGAUCAUGCAACCGCAGCCGCAGAGCUAG